AUGUGUAUAAGAGACAGGAGCCUGGCUUUCUGCCGCAUUAGAAUAAUCGACGACUCCCUCUACGAAGAUGCAGAGAUUUUCCAGGUUAAGCUGUCUAACCCAAUGGGUGGCAGGAUUGGCUCUCCAGCAGUGGUUGAUAUUGAGAUUGAGGGCGAUACCAAUGAUGAACCAUCCUUCUACUUUGGUGAAUCACAGUACAAUGUUGACGAAAGUGACGGAAGCGUUGUAAUCAAUGUAUGGCGUACCGGUACCGACCUGUCCAGAAUGGCCAGUGUAACUGUACGCUCGCAUAAAUCAAAUCCUGUUUCGGCUGUCGCUGGUGAAGACUACCAUGGCAUCAGUACGAACCUAGACUUUGCACCAGGCAUCACCAUGCAGACUGUUAAGGUUAACAUCCUUGAUGACAUUGGCCAACCUAUAUUAGAAGGAACUGAAACCUUUGAACUUUACCUGCGUAUGCCGAUGAAUGCUGUUCUUGGAGAUCCUAGUCAUGCAACCAUCGUUAUUCAGGAUACCGUGUCCGAUCUUCCUAAGGUGGCAUUCCGUGCUGGAUCCUACACUGUCAACGAGAAUGACGGCAUUGCAACCGCCAUUGUUGUCAGAACUGGUGACCUUUCCCAACCAAGCUCCGUACGCUGUUACUCACGACAAGGGUCAGCUCAGGUCAUGAUGGACUACGACGAGAGACCGAACACAGGCGUAUCUGUUAUCAGAUUUGAUGCUGGUGAAUCUGAGAAGGCAUGCACUGUUGUACUGAUGAACGAUAACUUAUACGAAGAGAAAGAGAAAUUCCGUCUGGUGUUGAACCGUGCCCGUACGAGUACUAACCUACCAGCCCUCAUUGGUGAACAGAAUGAGACCCUCAUAUUUAUCAAUGAUGAUGGAGACAAACCCAUCAUUAAAUUCAAGGAGACCAGAUACAAUGUUGAUGAACCAACUGAUGAUAGCGAAGAAGCAGUGGCCAAAAUUACCGUGGUCCGACUCGGUGAUACCUCAAAGACUUCUGUUGUUCGAGUUUACACUAAAGAUGGCUCAGCUAAGAGUGGAUACGAUUACGACGCACUUUCAAGAAAGCUUGUUUUUGGCUUCAACGUGUCUGAGAUAUCUGUAGAUGUUGACAUCCUUUAUGAUGACGACCGCAAUGAAAUGCGAGAAGCUUUCACUGUCCACCUCACUCCAGACGACAAUAUGAUUGCCGAGAUUGGAACCAACAAAGCCAUUGUAUACAUUGACCAGACUGGUGGUAACGUUGCUGGCAUUACUUUCCCUUCUCCACCCGUUGUGGUGUCUCUUCUCGACUAUGAUGACGCCACUGCUGGGAUUGUGGAGCCAAUGCCAGGAUAUCCAGUCGUCUGUGUAACACCAUGCAAUCCCAAACAUCCAGACUUCGCUGUCACUGGAAGCAUCUGCAUCAAUGAAGGUGUCAACGACACCUUGACUCAGUUUAGAUGGAUGGUUUCUGCUCCAACUGCCGCAAAUGGCGCCACAAGCCCUCUCAGAGAAGUCAGCAGUAACACUUUCUUCACAAGUACAAAAGAAAUCACCCUGGAUAGUAUCUACUUCGCCCCAGGAUCAAGAGUUCAGUGUUCAGCACGAGCUGUCAACAACCUUGGUGAUCCUGGACGUGAAUACAUGAGUGACCCAGUGACCAUCAGCAAAUCUGACGGCCUUUGUAUGCCGAGAACACCAGGCGCUGUUGGAGCUGAGCCAUUCACUGCCAAGCUUCGAUACACCGGCCCAACAGAUUCAGAGCACCCCAACAUGAUCAAACUCACAGUUACCAUGCCCCACACAGAUGGUAUGCUUCCCGUCAUUUCGACACGUCAGCUGUCAAACUUUGAGCUGACACUCAGCGAGGACGGUCUCAGAGUUGGAACCCACCAGUGCUCCAACUUACUCGACUUUGAUGAGGUCCGUACCAACUACGGUUUCAUCACAAAAGACACCAAAAAUGCUAACAUCAUCGGUGAGACCAGAGAUUACCAGUUUAGCAGUGAAAUGCGAUCUGACCGUACCCUUAGGUUUUACCGCAAUCUUGACAUGGACGCCUGUCUUUGGGAGUUCACUAACUAUUAUGACAUGUCAGAGCUUUUGGAGAGCUGUGGUGGACAAAUUGGAACUGAUGGUCAAGUUUUAGAUCUUGUUCAAUCAUACGUCUCGCUGGAUGUACCUCUGUACGUGUCGUACAUCUUUCACUCACCUGUAGGAAUCGGAGGUUGGCAACACUUUGACCUCCAGUCUAACCUCCGUCUGACCUUUGUGUACGAUACCUCAAUCCUGUGGGAGAAUGGUAUUGGAACCAGCCAAGCUGACCCAUCAGCAUUGCAAGGAUAUUUGUACCCAACCAGCAUGAGAAUUAACAAGAACGGCCUACUUGUGGUAGACUUCAGAACCGAGGCACGAUUCCGAGGGCAGUUUGUACUCGCACAUCCUAAUUCUGAUAUCAAAUCCAGCGUGUACUCAGCUGAACAUCCUGGAGUAACUUAUGACCUCAGACUUCUCAGAACCGAGCCCACUUUUGCUGAACCUGAACAAUUGUGGGAGUUCACAUCAAAUGUUGCUAUCUCAGACUAUAGUGGAUUGUACACGGUGCGUCUGAUUCCUUGCUCUACCCCAGUUGGCGCCACUUACUCGGAGCCGAUCAUCUGCAACCCCAACGAUCCAAUUGAGUUCCAGAUUCCCAUUCGCUUCCAGCAAGUCAGUGACCCAGUACCAGCAGAGUUCAGCUUGAAUUCUGAGUUUGUCUUGAUGAACAAAGAAUCUCUAUGGUUGUCAGAUGGAUCAAUGGGCUUUGGAGAAGGCAGUGAUGCAGCAUUCGCACCUGGUGACACCAUAUAUGGUCGUAUCCAUGUUGAUCCUGUCCAGAACCUCGGAGAAGGCUUUUUCUUGAACAUUGAGAAAGUGUUCCUAUGCAGUGGACUUGAUGGGUACAUUCCAAAGUACAACCCAGCUAAUGAUGAAUAUGGUUGUGUUGCUAAUACUCCAAACCUUCUCUAUAGCUACAAGGUCUUGGAUCGGGCUGCUCCAACAACAGUUGUUUCCAACAUGGGUGGUAUCGACUUCAACGCCAGCCUUGCUGUUGACGAUAAGAGUGCCCUUGCACUAGCUCAAAUGCCUAAUGCUGAUGGAUUCAGCAUGAGCACCAGACCACUCUUUGAGGCUUCCGCCGGUAGACAGAAUUUCCUCCACGCCAUUUAUACCAUCCGCUCAUCAGAAAAUGCUGGCCGUGGUAUCGGCAAGAGAAGUAUUGAAUAUCACAGCAUUAACAAUGCAGACCAGAAUAGUCUCAGGAAACGGCGACAAAUUUCAAAGGCAGACCAACAAGAUCUACCGUCGAUUGGUAGUAACGGUCUUGCUACAAACAUCCACAGAAUUGCGAUAUCAGGCAGAAGUAAUAGUAAUAACAUACUAACUUAUGGCAACAACGAAAUUGGUUCUAACUAUAAGAAAGGAACCAACACCGUUGCUACAAGUAACUCGCUACUACCAAUAAUAAUUGGUGUAAUUGGCGCUGCUGUUCUUCUAUGCCUCGUCUUAAUUAUUGUAUUGGUGAUCUUCAGGAAAAAGGCCACUCCUGUUGCUGUACCUCCAACAACCGUGUACCAGAAUGGCAGUGCUAAAGUGGUGACAUCCUCCGGUAAUGAUGACGACAACACUGAAGUAUAAAUGAAAUUGGUUCCAUCAGGCGUGGAUUUUGUUACAUAAAAUGAAUCUUAGUCCACAAAAAUUAAAUUGUGAACUAUUUCUUAUUUAAUUAAAACAUUGGUGUAAGAUGGAGAAACAUAGGGUAAACGUUUAUAAAAAAGUAUUAUUUUUUAUUUUUUAAUAUAAUUUCUUUGUUCUCAGAAGUUUUAUUUUCACCUACAUUAGUAAGAAGUUUUGAUGUGGUGAACACAUCUGUGUUGCCACCUAGAGUUUGAAGCUGUAUAUUGGUCUUAUAUUAUAUUAAAUUUUAGAAUAUGUGUAGAGUAAAAUAGCUGAAUUAACUUCAUAGUAAUUAGUGUUUAUUUUUAUACACACAUCUUACGAAGUUGCCAAGUAAAGUUUGUGGUGCCUGGAACUAAGCUGCUUCUACUUAAUUUGUCAUUUUUAUGGUUGUUACUCUGAUUGUUUUAGCAAUCAUUGAAAUUCACUAGUUUGUUGCUUGUAAAUGUAUGCUUAGUAAGAUAAAAUGUGCGAAGUUAUAGUAAAGUUCUGUUCAACUGAUUAGAUAAUUGGAGGUUCUGCUGUAUACGUUUGCUGCAAAUGGAAAAAUAAGAAUCAUUGUGAGUUUCAUUAGCAAGUUAUAAUUUUUCUCACCUCAUUUUUUUGUUAUUACCUGUGUAUGCAUGUGCUUCUUAUUCUCAUUUAUCUUAGUUGACGAAAGGUUUUUAACUGUCUUCCUAUUUUUGUCUAAUUUUUCUUAGCUGAAAUGCAAAACUUAGCACCAUAAAAAUUCUUUAAAUUAAAUAAUAAGAAAAUAAUUUUAUCUAAUAUUUUCGAACCAUUUUUUUUAAUGCAUAAGGCAGUAGAUUGCUUGGAAACAGGUGAUGCAUUAGUAAGGUUUUGGCUUGGAUAAAAAAUCUAGGGUUUGAAUCUCUUGUUUGUAACUUAUUAAAGCAAGGCACAAAAGUUGUCUCUCAAUCCACGGAUAUAGACUGGUGCUUAGUAAGUGUGAAUGCUAAUGCACUGAUUAUGAAAGAAUACUCCCUUAGGGAGUCCAUUAUGUUUUCCAUAGGUGUUAGAUACAAUAACCAGGGUAAAAGUUUGAAGCAUUUGUAAGACCCCAAGUGUCCAUAUUAUUAGAUAAUUUUUAUUGUAGCAUUAUUUGGUAUCUUAACUUUUGCAAGGGUCGUCUUUGCUGAAUACUAACAUUAUUUUAUUAAAAUAAAUUAUAGUCUACUUCUUAGCUGACAGGAGCUUAUCCAACAGUCACCAGCGGCCAUCAUUACUUAUUUGAUCCAUUUUUAGACACAUUUAUUAUGUUUGCCAUUUGAGAGCAUCUUUUUUAAGAAGUGAAUUCCAUGUACUUUACGAAUAAACAAUGGAUUUCAUGUACAGUACAGUUGAGUAACCAAUUAAUUUGAUGUUCAGAAUAAGUGACAUAUAAUUGCAUGUACUCUAAAGUAACAAAUGCAUUUCAUGCACUUUAGUACUCAAGUAAUUUUAUAUACUGUAAAAGUAACAAAUGAAAUUCAUGUACUGUACAAGAAAUGAAAUUCAUUUACUGUACAAGAAAUGAAAUUCAUGUACUGUACAAGAAAUGAAAU